CUUUGAAGAGCUUCGGAGAGGUGGAUGGUCCUUCCCACCCUAAGCAUGCAAAAUCUGUCUAUGCAGAGCUGACUGGGGACUUGAGGAGGGGGUCUCAUAGAGUCCAGGCUAGCUUCCAUCUCUCUGUGAAGCCAAGGAUGAUGUAAACCCAUAAUCCUCCUGCCUCCACAUCCUGAGCUCCGGGAUCACAGUGUUACAUCCAUGCCAGACCUCAUCAUGGCAAGAGGCUGUUACAGUAUGGUGGCGACUGUAUUGCUGCUCAUGAACUUGGAGAGGACAAGAUCUGUGAAGGACUCCUGUGACAAGUGUGAGGCUGGUACUUUCUGUGAGAAAAGCCAGGGUCCAAGUUGUACCCCUUGUCCUCCAGAGAGCUAUUCCAGUACAAAUGGACAACGGACCUGUGACAUAUGUAAACGAUGUGAAGGUAUUUUCCAGAUCAAGAAGCCUUGCUCCUCCACCAGCAAUGCACAGUGUGAGUGCAUCUCCGGAUACCACUGCUUGGGGUCAGAGUGCAGCAGGUGUGAACCAGAUUGCAGGCCAGGCCAAGGCUUAACAAAAGAUGGCUGUAAAGAUUGCUAUGUUGGAACGUUUAAUGACCAGAAAGGUGGCAUCUGUCAACCCUGGACAAACUGUUCCCUUAAUGGAACCACUGUGCAUAUGAAUGGAACCAAGAUAAAGGAUGUGGUGUGUGGAUCCACCACGAAAGUCUUCCUUCCAGAAGGGCACUCCCUGAAGAUCGUCACCUUCUUCCUGGCGCUGACAUUGGCCACACUGCUGUUCCUGGUGCUCUUCGUUAUCCUCUGGCUCUUGAUCACCAAGCAGCAAAAGGAAUUCCUGUAUACAUUCAAACAAACAUUUAUUACCCCAGUACAAAUGGCCCAACAGGAAGAUGCCUGUAGCUGUCGGUUUCCAGAAGAGGAAGAAGGAGCAUGUGAACUGUGACGUGGAAGUCCGAAGAGCUGGGAGUCCACUUUGCAAAGAAGUGAAGGAGCUGUCUGUGUGACUCCCCUUUUCCUGUCCUUCUCAAUGGAAAAUACCGCACAGUUGUUUUUUGCAUAAUGCUAAUGUGUUUGUCUUAUAAAAUGCACCACUUUUGACAGAAGUAUGGCUAGAGCGGGAGGCCAUUUGCUAGGUAUAACU